UCAAACCCUAGCUCGGCCUCUUUCCUCACUCAUCUUCUCCGACUCCUCUGCCCGACUUUUUUCAGAGGAUCUGAAAAAUGCCGUUCAAGAGAUACGUUGAGAUCGGACGAGUGGCCCUCGUCAACUAUGGGAAAGACUACGGCAGGCUCGUCGUGAUCGUCGAUGUCCUCGACCAAAACAGGGCUCUUGUUGAUGCCCCUGACAUGGUGAGGACCCAAUUGAAUUUCAAGAGGCUUACACUCACUGAUAUUACCAUUGACAUCAAAAGGGUUCCUAAGAAGAAGACUCUGAUUGCUGCCAUGGAGGCUGCUGACGUAAAGAACAAAUGGGAAAACAGCUCGUGGGGCAGGAAGCUGAUAGUGCAGAAGAGAAGAGCUGCACUAAAUGAUUUUGAUAGGUUUAAGCUCAUGUUGGCAAAGAUCAAGAGGGCGGGAAUCAUCAGGCAGGAGCUAACGAAACUCAAAAAGGAGAGUGCAGCCUGAGUCUUGAAUCUGUACUCUUUUAGAUUUUGCAGCCUUGUUGCAAUAUUUUUGAGUUGUCUCUUUAUGUUUUGAUUCGUUGUGGUGGCAGUAACUUGAUAUUUUGGUUAGGUCAUAGUUAUUACGAGUGGGAACCAGCCACAAGUGAUUAUCUCUAUAAACCUUGUAUGGAUUUUCUUUGAAAUGAAAUGGAGCCAAGGAACUUUCCUUCUCAAUUUUAUC